AUGGCGCCAAUCUUCAAGCUCUUUGCUCUUCUCAACCUUUCACUCUAUGCCGCAGCUCAGGGCACUCAGUUCAUUACAGGCGAGUGUGCAUCGGACGCCGAAUGUGCCUCAGGCUGCUGUGGCUUCACAUCAGGAAAGUGUGCGGCACCAUUCGUAGCGAAUGAACGUGGAGAGGGGUGUGGUUUUGGUGACGCGCAACCAAACAACAAUGCUUUGAACGGCGCAAGUGGCAAUGCCAGUGCCGAUGCGCAACCAGAUGCUGCUGCGCCUGCUGCGCCUGCUGCGCCUGCUACACCUCCUGCCAACAGUGACGCGGGAGCUGGAGCUGGAGCCGCAGCGGGGGCCGGCACACAGUUCAUCACUGGUGCUUGUACAUCAGACGCUGAUUGCGCUUCGGCUUGUUGUGGAUUCAAGAGUGGAAAAUGCGCAGGUCCGGUUGUUGCUCAAGAGCGAGAUGGAGGAUGUGGGUUUGGGGAUGCACAGCCCAACGAUAACGCAGCGAAGGCAUUGCAGGGACGGAGAUUGGGAAGGAGAGGUGCUGCAUACAUGUGA